CAGGGACGAAUCCUUUUCAAGGCGCCCUCCCAGACUACCCCGCGACAACACGGAAAUCUCGGGGCUGGGCUGUGCGCGUGCCUCCGUCUCCUAGCAACGAAGUCUCGGCUCUUCUCCGGAAAGUCAUGGAGUAUGGGGAAAACCGCUCUGGGGCCGAGCAGCGGCAAUUCACCAUUACGGAUCUCAAACACCAGGCUGCGGAGUAUUACCGGGCCAACGAAGUACCGCAACGCCUGGAGGAAGUGCUUAACGCCAUGUUCUACCAACGCCCCGAGGACUUUUACGGGCACCUGGCAAACUACUUCUCUGAAUUAUCAAAGCCUCCAGUGAUAUGCACGUUAUUUGGAAAAAGGGUGCUGGAUGGGAUUGGUCGACCAACAUUAGAAGUGGAAGUGUCAUGCCGAGUUAGGAACUGUGUCAAGAGGAUUUGUUCCAGCAUAAUCUCUUCUCAUACUGAAAUUCUUGAAAAUGCUUCACCAGAAGCAGUUGAUGCUGAUGAAAAGGAAAGAGAUGAAUCUGUAAAUAUAGCAAUUGAAUGGAUAAAUGAAUCACUGCAUGAAAUGCUCAGAGGCCUUCUACCUACUGACCAGCAUAAUGUUGAUGGGCUACUCGGUGAAUAUUUUGCAAAGAAAGCAGAAGAAGACAAAGAAAGAAGGGAAGCUGAAAAGGAAAAAGAAAAAGAAAGCCAGGAAGCAGAGUUUCCUAUUUCUUCAUCUACUACAGCACCUUCUGGGAAAAAAAAAUCAAACAAACCAGGAAAGAAGGUGUCUUUGCCAGAGAAGCCAGUCCUGCCUGCAGAACCCACUGAACCUGUAGUUAUGGGUAGUAUGGCUAUUGGGUGUAUAUCACUUGCUGUUGCAAAGACUGCUGCAACUCUUCGUGACAUGCCUUUGUACUUACAUGUUGCUUUGCUGAAACACAAUCAGGAGUUGCCUAAAGAACUGGCUAUGCCUUUGCCGAUGACAACGGUUUUGAGUUGUGGAAAAUCGUCACCUGGAAAACUGAAUCUUAUGAAAGAAGUGAUGCUCAUACCUCCUUCCUGGUUAACGAUUAAACAAGGUAUAGAAAGAUGUGUGGAUAUUCAGAAACAAAUGAUAAAGUUGCUGGGACAAAUGGCCAACGUGCCUAGUUCCAUGGGAGAAAGUAAAAAGUCUUCUUCACGUGAUGCUGCGAAGAAAGCUCUGCCUCCUGUUUUUAAAAAAAUGUCUCACUUAGGUUGCCUGGUAACAGGGACUGAAAGUCUUGAACAACCUCUGACCUUGAUCCAAUCGGCUUGUGCAAAUCUUUCCUUGGAAUUAGGAAUAGAUAUACACUUGGGAAUAAAUUGCGCUGCUCAUGAACUAAUGGACUAUACUAAGGGAAAAUAUGAAGUAGUGCUUGGAACGCACAAGAGCCCUGAUGAAAUGCUGGAUGUAUAUGUGGACCUUCUCAAUAAAUUCCCAUCCAUUAUAGCAUUAAUAGAUCCAUUGAGGAAAGAGGACAGCCAGCAGUGGACCUCCUUAUGCAAUACAUUAGGUUCUAAAUGUUAUCUUAUUGCGGAAGAUUCAUGCAGGAAUUUGUCUAAACUUCUGGAAGAACAAAACACACCAAAAUGCAGUGGCCUCAUCAUAAAAUACACCAAUGAAGCUAAAAUUUCUGACCUUUUGGAAAUGACCCGGCGUUUAGAUGGUCGGAAGCACAUUUCCAUCUUAGGAAGCCCAGAUGGAGAGUCUUCUGAUGACAGUCUUGUAGACCUGGCUGUUGGACUGGGAACCAGGUUCAUCAAGUUGGGAGGUCUUUCACGUGGAGAGAGGGUCACCAAAUACAACCGUCUUCUUGCUAUAGAGGAAGAAUUGGGCAAAAAUGGAAGACUCGUUGAAGGAGAUGAACAUGAAUUUGUUGAUUUUACUGAAGAGGAAGAAGAGGUGGAGGAAGAAGAACUUGAUUAUACUGAUUUUGCUGUGAGGACAGAGCACCCUGCUAUGUAGAAAGUGAUGUUUCAGAUUUGGCAUGAGUUGGUCCAGAACUGACCCCUGAAUUCUCCAUUUUGGAGUAAAAAAGAUCUUUCCCAGGCUACCUCAUUGGGGCAGCCGCUGAGAUGACACAGUCAAUCCUUUGUUUUUCUCAUCUUCCAUGGAUAAAUAUUUUAUUUAAAAUGUUUGUAUUCUGCCUUUCUGCUAUUGAACCUUUCAGUCAGCUUAAUGGGAAUUUGCCAUAUGGACUAACACCCACUACUACUUCUUGUUCUAUAAGGAUAUGGCUGCGCUGUCAGGAAUAUUCUGCAUUUGGGGAUGAAAAACAAUAUAGGGCAGAAUAUUCUAGAAGUGACUACAGUAUCCUUGAGUCAUGCAGGCUUUAACAGUCUGAAAUGCAUUUAUGAAUGUGGCUGUUUUGAUGCAGUGCUUCACUUUGUUGUUCUUUAAAAGUAAAAUGUUUUGUCAUACAUGUUUUGUUUUAGACACACUGAUUUUCAUGCUCAAUUUUAAAAAUCCUUCCUUUCCAGUAACAAUGAAAACAAUAAAUCAAAGCACAAUUCACACUAA